CAUUACAUCCAGCUCAUUCCCAACCAAUCCCAUCAUCCCCACUUCCAAUCUCCCCUUUAAUAUAUAAAUCAUCACUUAUCUCCUCCUCUCCUUCACUCCUAUAUCCAACUCCUCCGCCAUGGCCUCCCCCGCUCUCCUCCUCCUCCUCCUCCUCCCCUUUGCUCUCUUCUCCCAAACCCUCGCCCAAACUCCGGCUGCACCGGCUCCUUCUCCUCCUGGACCUAUCAACUUAACCGGCAUUUUGUCCCAAGGCGGCCAAUUCAGUACCUUCAUCCGUUUGCUCAAUCAAAGCAGAUUAAUUAUUCAGCUUGAUAAUCAGCUCAACAAUUCUCAAGGGGAAGGAUUGACCAUUCUUGCUCCAACUGAUAAUGGCUUCAAUGCCCUUGAAUCCGGCGCCCUCAACAGCCUUGACGACCAGCAGAAGAGCCAGCUCCUCCUUUACCACGUCUUGCCUAAGUUCUACACCUUGACGGAGCUACAAACCAUCAGCAAUCCGGUAAGGACUCAGGCCGGAGAUUGGGGGCUGAACUUCACCGGCCAAGCGAACUCCAACCAAGUCAACGUUUCCACCGGCGUUGUCACGGUACCUAUCAACAACAAGCUCAGAGAGCAAUCUCCAUUGUCCGUUUUUGUGGUAGACAAAGUUUUGUUGCCAGAGGCUCUUUUUGGCAACCACACUGCCGCACCACCUCCUAAAGCUCCGGCUCCAGGGGCCGAUAAGGCACCUGUCGACGGCGAAACACCGCCAAAAUCCGAUGCCGCAAAGCCACCGGCUAACGAUAAGGGUGCAGCUGCGAGAAACGGUGUAGGAUUGGGUUUAAUUUUGAGUUUUGGUUUGAUUGUCAUUAGUGUUGUUUCUUAAGAUCAUAUAUGAUGGAUGAGUUGAGUUUGAGGAAAAGUACUGUUUGUUCUUUGUGUGCUUUUUCUUGGCAUAUAUGCUUUCAUUAUUUUUUAUUUUUUUUAUUUUAUUUUCUUGUAAUUUUGACAUUGAAUUAUUAUUUCUUUUCAUAAUUUAUAUGCAUAUAAAUUGAAAUAAACCUUC